AUGUAUCGAUCCGUGUUUAUGUUUUUAAAUGUGAUCUAUCUAUUCAUCUAUCUAUCUAUCUAUCUGUCAUUCAUCUAUCUCAGUUUCUAUUUUCAUAUCUAUGGUCAAGUCUAUCUAUUCAUCUAUCUAUCUAUCUAUCUAUUCAUCUAUCUGUGUCAUAUCUCUAUCUAUCUAUUCAUUCAUUAUCUAUCUAUUCAUCUAUCUAUCCAGUCAUCUAUCUAUCUAUCAGUAUCUGUCUAUCUAUUCAUCUAUCUAUCUAUCUAUCAUUCAUCUAUCUAUCUAUCUGUUCAUUAUCUAUCUAUAUCUAUCUAUCUAUCUAUCACCUGUUCAUUUUCAUUCAUCUAUCUCAUCUAUCUAUUUAUCCUAUCUAUCUAUCUAUCUAUCUAUAUCUGUCAUAUCUAUCUAUCUAUCUUGUCUAUCUAUCUAUCUAUUUUUUUUUUCUAUCUAUCUAUUCAUAUCCAUCUCAAUCUAUCUAUAUUCAUCUAUCUAUUUCAUCUAUCCAUCUAUCUAUUCAUAUCCUAG